UGAUUAUAAAUGUAAAUACAAUUUGCGAGGACUACAAUUUUCAUAAAAUAACCUUUUAUCUAGUGUCUCCCUUUCUCAUAACGGAGUCAAAAUAAUGUUUCGGAUUUGAACAUUAAAUUAAAGCUGAUAAAGGAUUUUGAUUUUCAUCUAUGAUAUUACGCGAUAGUUCGGACUAUCAAUGACUUAUAUAGAUUUAUAAAUCAUUUAGGCAGGAGUUAAGUAACAUUUGCUUUUAAGCACUGUCCUGGAAUAUGUGUUUUUAUAAAUGAAAUUAAGCCGAGGUUAAAUAAUUUUUCGUUUUGAACAUCGGCUCCAUGUAUCAGCGAUAUAUUGAGUCAGUAGGCCGGAAUGAAAUAACAUUUGAUUGGUGAGACUAUCGAUAAACAUGGAUUAAUGAAGUUUCUUUGAUUUCACCGAGAAGAACAAAUUAGAAGACGUAUGAAAGAAACAGUUUACAAAUACCAGACUGCUGUUUCACAGGAAUAAACACUCUGUAUUAUAUUCAGCAUAUGUUCCAAGGCAUGCUCUCAUACAUUUAUACGCGAAAGUUUUAAUUGUAAGACACCAAAGUUCAACAGCGCAACGGAAUUUACGCACUCAGCGAUGGAAAUGCCAAUAUGUUAAGACUAUCAAAAGCGAAUGAAUUGUGUGAGAAAUUCGUAAAGAUUCUUGCAGAUGUGAAACAUAGAAUACGGCUGGUUUUCAUUGAAUAAAGAUUUCUACGAGUGUCAUUGAAGGGUUUAUCUUUAAAGUAGGAAUAUUAAACUUUUAAAGUGUUAAAAUAUUUUCAAGGUGAAAUGGAUAAAUAAUAAAUGCGAAGUUUAAAAAGACAGAAUUUAUACACUUGUUACCGAAUAUCUUAGUGAUAUCUGCCAAUAAAUAUAAAGAUAUAUUUUAUGAAUAAAAAUGCAAUAACAUUACAAAAAUUGCUAUAAGUUUUAAAAUUAUUUAUUGCGAGUUUAUUCGUUGUUGGAUGAUGAAUUAUGUAAAAGUUAGCCUAGUUUAACAUUGUAAAGAAAAUGUUACUUUAAUACGCGUGUACGGUUUUGCAGUUACAAUAUGUGACAGUGAAUGGAUAUAAUGUAAUUAUUCUUUGGGAUUUACAAGAAAAUUAAUCAUGAGCAGAAGAGCAAGUUUAUUUGCUAAACAGAACCCGGAAGUAAAAAAGCCUAAAGGUGUACGCUUUUCGGAUGAGUUAGUGUUUCUGGACAAUAUUAAGGAGAAUGAUAUUCAUGCACUGGAUCACAUGUUGAGAAGAGCGAGUUUACAAGUAGACAUUAGUGGAAUUAAUGAUGCUGGUUUAACGCCUUUACAUCAAGCGGUACUAGAUGGCAAUGACAGUGCUGUAAGACUUCUAGUUGCACAUGGUGCAGAUAUCAACAAACAAGACGAUGAUUCUUGGACGCCACUUCAUGCCGCUUGUGCAGAGGGAUAUGCGGAUAUUGUUGCAUUUCUAUUGGAGAAAGGAGCAGAUAAGACAAUUUUGACGGAUGAAGGAGAAAGACCACUUGAUCUCGUAGAACCGUCCGAUCUCGAGACCAUCCGGGUAAUGCUGGGAAAUGUCCAGCCUUGUGAUAAUGACCAAUCAGAUGACGACACGCUAGAACAAGAUGGCGUUACAACUUCCGUUUCCGGAUGACCCAGUUUCAGUCUUCCGUGUUUUGCGACAGUGUUUUAUUUGAAUGUUCUGCAACAAAUCCACCGCGAGAUUGUAAAUCUACACAAAGUGACAUUAUUUACAAAGUGCCAUUACAUUUAUAUGUAGAUUUUCAAAUUCUAGAAGUACCUGUUCCUUUUCUUAUACAAUGUGAUUUGUUUUCGGAUUGUGUUGUAUUUAUACGGUUAAGUGACAUAACAGAGGAAAUGUGUAAUUUUUCCUGCAAUGUGUAAGUAGGAUUUUCGAUAUUUUCUAGUCUUUCAUAAACGUCACAACGCCUGUGAAUUUGAGAAUGUGUUGAUCUUGUUGACGCCGUGAUUUAAAACAUACUUCUACAGAAUGUAAGUGGACGUUGUGUGUAGUACCAGAAAUUAAUUUUGCGCCGUGACGCCUAAACAUUUCCAUAUAAAUCUUGUAAUCGAGACGAAUUACGAUAUUCUGAACUCUACAGGAAGUGUUACCACGGAUUAGAUAUCACGGGAAGGUCACACUCUUCACAUGAAAAUAACCCAAGAUUUCAAAGUAGCAACGACAUAUAUGUCUUACGAUUACAAUUCUUUGUAACCAUGGUAACAGUGGCCUUUCUUCAAGUAAUCGUACGUAUAUUUGCAUGUUUACGCAAUGAUAUACUGAAUAUGCGCGAGAAACUACAGAUGUAGGAAAUCCUCAAGCAAUUAUUUUUUUUUAAUUUUGUGCACAUUUGAAUCAGAAUUAUUCUAACUGCGAUGUAACAGAAAAUAAAUGGAAAACAUGAGGAAAUAACGAGAUGUUUGUCUGUUGUUUGCUAUAAAGUUUUUACUAGUUCAAUGCCAUUUCCUUCUCAUUUAAUUAGUUAUGACAGUUCACAAGAAUUGUUUUGCAGUUUAAGGGAAACCUAGAGUCUUCUGCAUAAGGUGACACUCUUAUUUGUGUUGAUACCAGAAAUUAGCAUUGGAUUAACACGGUAUUAGAUAAUUCUGCAAACCAUGUGUUCGGUAUCUUGUGUGAAGCACAAGCUUUAUUGAAAGGUCGCGAGUGAAGCAAAUUUGCUCCAUGGCUGUUUAACGGAAAACAACAUGUCACAAGUCAUUACGUUCUCCACCGGUGAUUUAUGUGGGAAAGUUGUCAGCUACUUAAUUGUAGAGAGGAAGUUACUAAAGACACUGUACCAAGGAACACUGGUUUGAUUAUUUAGAUGUAUUGAGCUGUAGUUAAAAACGUUUUAACCCUUACCAUGCUUGACACCAUUGUUUUUGCCUUUGCGACCAGUGUAGAUCUUGAUCAGUCUGCACAUCCGUGCAGUCUGAUCAUUAUAUGCACUGUUCGCUAUUCAGUCAGUAUCUUUUUGGUUAGCACCCCUUUUGACAGUUAAUGGUACUAUCCAAAUUUCAGUAUAGAGAUUAAGCAGGGUAAGGGUUAAACCGAGGAGAAAGUUUCCUGUUAAACUGCUAUCAAACAAACAUGUUACGUGAUAUGUAGUGACGUUUACAGAACUAUGUCUUUUAUGUAUGUCUAACGGCACUGAGUUGAAUUAAAUGUGUUUUAAAAUUCAA